ACGAUCUUGACAUUUGUUUGACGUACGCGUUCGCGCUCGUAUUUGCUUCGCGCGGAGAUGUCAUCGCAUAAUAAUAUAAUUAGCGAAAACUAUCAAAACGAUACAAAGUUACACAGUUUAAGUGCGGCGUUUGCGGAUAAAACUCUUGCGCCGAUUAAUGGAAGGUAUCGGUCGAAAAGUUUAUCUAGUGAUAAGUUAAAUAAAGAUAAUAAUGACCGUGCAGCAAUACUUGAAGAUGUUGAUGUAGAGUAUUUAACUGAGAAGUCAGAAACCCCAGGUUGUUUAGUAAAGAAAGUUAUGGAGCAAGGCACACCAACAGUUGAUGGCAUCAAGGAAGGCAAAGCCAGCUACGGAACGGAGAGUCCAGCGCGGGGUCGCCGCGUCAUAUUCUGUGUGCACGGUAACCCCUCCACCGGCUGCUGCGCCGUCAUCGAGACCAGCGCCAACGGAGACGAGAAGCGGAGGAAUGGCAGCAUCACUGACAUUGAGAGGCAUUGUCACAGAUCGCGCAAUGAGGAGAUUGAUAGAAGAGCCCGCAGGAAGCUGAUCAUUGCCAGCAUACUCUGCGUUAUUUUUAUGAUAUGUGAAAUUGUUGGUGGGUACAUAUCCAACAGUCUGGCGAUAGCCACAGACGCGGCGCAUCUCCUUACUGACUUCGCCAGCUUCAUGAUCUCCUUGUUCUCGCUGUGGGUCGCCACCAGACCCGCCACCAGAAGGAUGCCGUUUGGAUGGUAUCGUGCGGAGGUGAUAGGCGCCCUGACGUCGGUGCUGUUGAUCUGGGUGGUGACAGGCAUCCUGGUGUACAUGGCCAUCCAACGGGUCAUCUACCAGGACUUCGAGAUCGACGCCACCGUGAUGCUGAUCACGUCGGCUGUUGGCGUCGCCGUCAAUCUUAUUAUGGGCCUGACGCUGCACCAACAUGGUCAUAGUCACGGCGGCGGCCACGGUCACUCUCACGGCGGUAAUAACCCCGUCCUCAACAAUAAGAAGGACCGGUCUGACAGUGAAGAUGCCGAGAGUGCAUCGUCGACGCCGGUCGAGCGUCACACGGAGAACAUCAACGUGAGAGCUGCUUUCAUCCACGUGGUCGGCGACUUCCUGCAGAGCUUUGGUGUCCUAGUAGCAGCCAUCGUCAUAUACUUCAAGCCGGAGUGGGUGCUGGUGGACCCGAUCUGCACGUUCCUGUUCUCAAUACUGGUGCUUCUCACCACCUUUAACAUCAUCAAGGAUACCCUGCUGGUACUGAUGGAAGGCUCGCCGAGGGGAGUCGAUUUUCAGGAGGUGGCCAACACGUUCUUGUCGCUGCCCGGCGUACUUCGCGUGCAUAACUUGCGCAUGUGGGCACUAUCGCUCGACAAAACCGCGCUCUCCGCACACCUUGCCAUUCGCACGGGCGUGAGCCCACAGAAGAUACUCGAGCAGGCGACGCGGAUGGUGCACGAGAAAUACAACUUCUUCGAGAUGACGCUCCAGAUCGAGGAGUUCAGCGACACCAUGGAGGACUGUAACCAGUGCAAGAUGCCGCAAACGUAACGAAACUCAAAUUUGCCUUAUAUGAUAUGAAAGAGUGCGAAAAAUUUUUUAUCGUGAAUCUUUUAGUGCGGUAAUAGUUGUAAUCUUCGCUAAGUUUGGCAUGUUUUAUUUGGUUUAGAACUUAAUAUGCGACUGGAAAUUGCCCUUUUUCGCCGCAGAUAUAAUCUGUCCUAUAACAUUUUUGCCUCUAUUCUAGCUAUAUUUAUUGAUACUUCGUAUACCGCUGUUGUUAUUAGAUUGUUUGUGGGCAGUUUUUUCUGUAGCAAACACAAAAAUUUCCUAGAAGCGCGAUCGCUAAUUACAAUAGUGUAAAAGGAUAUAGAUUAACAGAACAGUUUAUUUUUUUGAAGUGAUAACCCUCACUUCUGGGAUUAAUUAUACAAAUUAAAUUGUUGAGAAAAUUUAUGAACGAUGUGGACUCUUAAAGUUUGGCUCUGUGGAAGAGCGCGUGAAAGCCACUUUUUGUUUUCAAAUUUAAUUUGUGUAACAGAACCAGUGUUAUUUAUAUCUUUUAUGUAAAUAAUCGUUAGAAAGAGAGCGGAAAUGCCUCUGGCCAUAUUCUGUGGUACACACAAAGAAAAACGUAAUGUUAAUGAAAUGUGUUGCGAUAUUAUAUUGUUAAAAUAAAUUACUUUAACCCGUGCCCUUAGAUAAAUUAUACGUCUAGAUAAUCUCCUGCUUUUAGGCAACUGAUAAAAAUAGGCCGGAUUUAUUAGUUUAGCUACGUCUUACACUCGCGAUUUGUGUGACACUUUACGUUAGUGUGCGUGCAUUGCUCAAAAUAGAUGUUAACUCUGUAAAUGGUGCCAAUAAACGAAUCUAAAAUGGCGGCCACUAUUAUAGGGAAUUAAUAUAAUUCCCUCUCACUCGCACAUGUAAUAUAUCUACCUAUCUGCCAUCGCUAUUUCGCUGUCAGACCGAACUGUAUAGCAGCCAUUUUAGAAUAGUUUCAUUAUUGGCACGAGGCUUAGAUUAUUUCUUUGUCACAAUAGGAAAACUUCGAACAAACAAUCAAUGUAAUAUGUCAAAAAUGUGUCAAAAGUCAAUAAUUGUUAAUUGUCAAUGUUUAACAGACAUAUUUAUAUAACCAACUUCAAUAUGUUACUUUUGUGUUACAGUAAUGCGCGCACAUCUUAAAAUUUCACCCUCAUCAUUUUUUCAUAACGCGCCUUAAGAAGUAGAACUUCAAAAAAAGGUCGAAAAAAAUUGAAGGUGACAGUCAACUUAUAUUUUGAGCACACUAACACAGUAUCAUACAAAUCGCGAGUGUAAGACGUAGCUUGUAUGUGUAAGUAAUAAACCUGGCCUGUUUUCAUCGGUUGUAUAGCAGCAAGAACUCUAUCGAACGUAAAAAUUAUUUAAGGUUAUAUGUUUUUUUAUGAGCAAAAGUGAGGAGACGAGAAUUACGUUCACUUGAUGGUGGUUAAUUAUAUGUCCUGCCUAUUACAAUAACGAUACGACAUGGUUUCUUUCAAAAGAAGCGCGUACACCGUCCUUAACGGCCGGCAACGCUCCUGUGAUUCCUCUGGUGUUGCAAGAGAAUGUCAGUGGCGGUGAUCACUUAACACAAGGUGACCCGUACGCUCGUUUGUCCUUCUUUCCAUAAAAAAAACGCAAUCCCGCUCAGGAUUCUUGUAAAACCAAUCACUUGGAGAUAUUAGAUGUAAUUUCAUUAGCCCGGUAACUUCAUUAGCGGCUCCAUUCAAAUCGAUUCAAUAAUUCUUGCACAUUACUGCUUCACGGCAUAAAAUGGUAACAUGUGCAAAGAUAUAUCCUACUGGUAAACAAUGGCUCAAAUAUUGUAUAGAGUAUUAAAUAUUGGUAUGUUUUAGUAUGGAUAAGCUGUACGGUCAAUAAAUUAUGAACAUCUGGGUUGAUCCAUAUUAUUAUGUCAUAUGAAUUUAGCAAUAUUUUGAAUGGCGGAAACUGUUGUUUAAACAACAGCCUCGUAUUAUAGAUGUAAUGUAGCUUAAAUCAUUUAUACAUCUAGACUGGCAGCUGUGAAAACGUCCGAAAAAAUUGAGGUUAACCGGCAACCUCUAUUUUGAGCAAUCAACGAUAACACAAAGUGACAUACAAAUCGCUAGUGUAAGACGUAGCUUGUUUGUGUUAGUAAUAAACCUGGCCAGUUUUCAUCGGUUGUCUAGCAGCAAAAGGCUCUAUUUAGAUGUUUAAAUUAUAUUAUGUAGCCUUUUUAGUAUGAAUUGAAACAGGGACCAAAUAUUUAGUAUAAUAUGUUGGUUGUGAUAUUAUUGUUACAAUUUGUGUACACUUAUGAAAUCAAUUUAAUAAGAUCGAUGUUAUUUCUGAGUUUUGAAAAUAUUUCCGAACUAAAGUAUAUUGUAUUACUCAUGUAAGUAAUUAAAAAAAGUUCCAUUAAAGGAGGAAUUGUCUUCCUUAGUUGUAAGUUGAGAUGAAUUAUUAAAAAGUUUUAAUUGUU